AUGGACAGCGAGGACGCGGCCACGCGCGUAUCCAAGCGCAAGCACGCCACCUCAAGCGUCCGCAAGCUGCUGCGCUGGGACGCCACGCGCUGGCAGCUGUUCGAGCGCACGCUGCCGUACACGACGCGCCUCAAGAGCGCGCCGCCGUUACACCUGCGCGCCCCGCUUGCGUCUUUUCGAAAGAGUCAUGCGCCGUCGGUGGUGAUGGAGCAACCGAUUGUCCGUACGCGCUCGGCGUCUGUAGUGAAUCUGGGGCUCGUGAUUGACGCGACAGGCAGCGACACGAGUCUGCACGAUUUCAAGUGCACUGCGGUUGAGGUUGUGCUGUGGGAGUGA